AACCAUUGCCAUAGCAGACGAACAAUUUUCUGUCUUGUUCUUUUCGGCUUUAAAAUAGUGAAAAUGGCGAAUAAGAAAACACGUGGUCCGGAUAAAGCUAAAACUAAUACAGACAAUAUUGUUGUUAAAAAACAAGAAGAUGCACCCGACAUUGUUAAACAACCUCCGGUUUUUACCGACGAUUCAAGGUAUUUAUGCAUCGCGUCUGGCCGCCAAGUAGGAAUUUACAGCAUCCAAUCGGGAGAUAAAGUGCAUUGUUUAAAAAAACAUAGUUUUGAUAUCAUUGGUUUGGGUAUCAAAGAGGAGAAUGUUCUCUACUCGUGUGACAUCUCUGGAGACGUUAUUGAAUGGGAUAUAAAAGACGGAAAACUACUGAAGAAAACUUCAGUUGCAGUUGAUGGCAUGAAAAAAUUCUGUGCUUUUUACUAUCCAGGAAAUGGCAUGUUUCUGUUAUCAACUCCAGCAAAAAAUGCCAACGGUUCCUCUCUUUGGAUUGUCAAUAGCACAAGUGAAAGGGAAAUAUUCUCUGAAGAUAUUAGAAAAGAACCACAGUCUGUUGCAUUUGGCUGUGAUCAAGGAAAUGGAUCACUGGUUAUAGGGGCCUUGAAUUACCAAUGUAAUGGUGUGUUGGUCAAAGACAUGAAUAGUGGAGCUGAGAAAAAGCACAUGACAGACAAGAGAAAGUUCACUUGUAUUGCUUUGCACAAGGAAAAACUUAUAAUGGCCACAGGAGAUAUCUCCGGCCGUAUUCUUCUUUGGCAUGACUUUGUUAAUCAGAUCAGACCAGUGAAGACUGUGUACCAUUGGCACACACUUGCUGUUUCCUCGGUCUGUUUUUCUAGUGAAGGUGAAUACCUUUACAGUGGAGGAUCUGAGAAAGUAAUGGUCAAGUGGCGACUUGAAGGCAAACACAGACAGUUUCUUCCACGUAUGGGCUCAACAAUCAAAUUCAUUGUGAACGCUCCUGAUAACAUCUGCGUCGCCACAUCUCAUUCCGACAAUGCUAUACGUAUAAUUGAUUCGACCAACAAAAUCAAUCAGGCCAUUUUUGGUGGGUUAAUCAAACACGAUCCGAUCCGUGGUCUUGAAGAUGGUGAAUCAAAGAAAGAAUCGGUGAUGCCUACUGGUUUGGUUUUUGAUCCACGAACCCAAGGAAUUUUCUUCAAUGCACAAGCUGGAUUCCUCCAGCUUUUUGAUCCUCUGAGAGGUUCCAUGAUUUUCAAUAUGGACAUUGCCAAUCGCAACGUUCUGACUGACGAACGAAACACCAUCAUCGGUAACGCCGAAGUGUUGCGAGUUGCUGUGUCACCCACAGGUGAGUGGUUAGCAACACUGGAAGUUUGGUCGAACAUGUCUGCAGGCUAUCAUGACAUGAACUUAAAGUUUUGGCGAUACGACGCUGUGCAAGCCAACUACGAACUCAACACGGACGUAACUAUGCCACACCACGAUCGGAUCACCUCCCUGGCCUUCCAACCGGGACUGCUGGGCACAGAGUACCCUUGCCUCGUAUCUAUCGGCCGCGAUCUUAAAUUUAAAAUUUGGCGGUUAGUCGACGACACGGACAUUUACCGUCAGAAGGAAUCGUGGACUUGCGACGUUGCAGGAGACUUCCGUAAAAUGAUGCCAACCGCUGCAUCCUUUUCGGAAGACGGCUCGUUACUGGCCAUUGCUUUUCAAGACACUGUUACUUUAUGGGAUCCAAUGACCAUCAACCUCAACACGACUUUAAGCCAUAACCUUAUUGAAGAAUCUAUUGAGCUGAUGGAAUUCGGAAGAGAUCAAUGCUUUCGCUAUCUCGUUUGUGCUUCAAAAUCAUCCCUCUUCGCAUGGGAUGUAAUUAGUAAAGGACUAGUUUGGAAAGUAGGGAAAUUGCGUAGCCCUAUCAGGUGUUUGGUGCCUGAUCCCAAGUCCAGCUAUAUGGCAGUGGUCUUGCAAAACAGUGAAGUGUUCGUGUUCGCACCUUCGAGUUCGAAACCGGUACAUACUAUAACGAACGUGAAGAGUUCAGAACCUAUUGCGGCUCUUUUUGUUCCCCGACCGAAUCCUCUGGCAAACAGCCCAGAAUGGCUAGUAAAUUCACGGCUUUUGAUUGUUGAUGAUCAACAAGAAUUUUACAGUGUGGAUGACAAUUCCGUCUGUGGUUUUGACGAGAAGUUGACUACCCCAAUUUCUCACAUUGACAGUUUACCUUGGACUCCUUUCUCAGCCAUCAAAGCACAGAAGCAGAUCUCGGCAGCCAAGCAGAUAGUUCCGGUCAUCCAUCAAACUAACGGCAUCAAGGGAUAUAAAUCAGUUCAAUCGCUAUUGGAGACGUCAACUUCCACCUUACCUCCAAUGUCUAGAAUUUGCAAUUCCUUCAUGAUUGACCUCAUGAUUAAGCAUGACCCCAAAUUGAUGACCGUGAAAGCUGACUCCGAGAAUGGUGCAACGAAUGACUUGCCUACGCUCAUGAACGGGCAUAUCGAGUCAAAGAUGCCGGCAUUGAAGGAAGAAGCGACUCAACAAAAAUUAUUGACAUUGGAUUGCCAAUGGAUAACUAAGAACUGAAAUAAUUUGACACAUUUUAAAACUGUC